AUGCAUUAUCGUGAUUUCUCUUAUGAAGAAGAAGAACCAUCCUUAUGGAUUUUCGGGUAUGGAAGUCUUAUUUGGAAUCCUGGAUUCAAUCAUGACGGCCAACACAAAGCGUAUGCUCGUGGCUUUGCCAGACGUAUGUACCAAGGAAACACUUUUCAUCGAGGAGACGAACAGCUGCCUGGACGUGUUGCAACCUUAAUCGAGCAUCCUUCGGCCUAUGCCAGUGGUGUAGUUUUUCGUGUUGACGGAGUCACCGGAAUAUCCAAAGCUGUAGCGCAUUUGAAGGAACGAGAGCUUGACAAUGGUUAUGAGUUCCGUAUGGUCCCUGUUGAUAUAGUGUUCGACUCUGAUGAUGAAGAUACUGUUAAUAUCAUGGCCCUGACUUGCAUUGCCCGAAGAGACAAUCAGUUCUAUCUUGGACCCGAUAAUGUUACGAAAAUGGCCAAAGAAAUUUGCAUAGCCAAAGGACGAGCUGGACCAAAUCACGAAUACGUUCUGAAAUUGGCAGAACAUGUGCGCCGUCUGUUUCCUGAAGAGGAAGAUGAUCACUUGUUUGAAUUGGAAUCCUUAAUUCGCACAACAUCAUCAUAA